AUGUUCCUGGUCAACUGGUUCUUCGACGUCCUGGGCUACCUGGGCCUGAGCAACAAGAACGCUAAGAUCCUCUUCCUCGGCCUGGACAACGCCGGGAAGACCACGCUGCUCCACAAGCUGAAGGAUGACCGCGUGGCCACCCUUCAGCCCACGCUGCACCCGCACAGCGAGGAGCUCAUGAUCAAGAACAUCCGCUUCCGCACCUACGACCUCGGAGGACACGAGACCGCCCGCCGGAUCUGGAAGGACUACUUCGCCUCGAUCGACGGCAUCAUCUUCAUCGUGGACGCCGCGGACAAGACCCGCUUCAACGAGGCGAGGGAGGAGCUCAGCGGGCUGCUGGAGGACCAGGCGCUCGCCAGCGUCCCCUUCGUCGUGCUGGGCAACAAGAUCGACAUCCCCGUGGCGGCCUCCGAGGAGGAGCUCCGCUACAGCCUGGGGCUGCAGUCCCACAUGACGUACGGCCGGGACCCCAAGAAGGGGCAGUCGAACGUUCGCCCUGUGGAGCUCUUCAUGGUCAGCGUCGUGAAGGGCAUGGGCUACGCGGAGGCCUUCCAGUGGCUCUCGGGCUUUCUGAGCUGA